AUGAAAAGGACUGAACCUGCGCAAGAAGCAAGAGUAACAAAUCUCACCAGUUCCAAGGCGGCUACAUCAAGCAGAUCGAAGAGGGUGGCAAACACAAUCGGCUCACUUGGCUAUCUGAGUAUGUCAGAUAUUAGUUGCCUAGCCCCUGAAUCUGAUGUUUCAAUUGCCUCUUUUCUGUAUUCCUCGGCUUCGGAAAAUAUUCCUUCUUCGCCUAAACGACUGGGCCAGGCUAGGCGACAGGGUCCAAGCCUAUCAUCUGCGUUCAUUUCAUCGUCGUCUGCUGAAUCACCUUUAUUUAAUGCGGUAAUUCCUAAUGCUCGUGGUCCGUCGGAAGAGGACGGACAAUUUUCCAUUAUGCAGACCAAUAAUCAACAUAGUCAUAGGGAACAAGGAACACAACUAUAUAAAUCCGUUGAGUCACUACGCUCAUUUUCUAGCCCUCCAAUUCCGUCUGCAAGCACAGGUUUACGAAAAACUAUUCUUCACCGAUUAAAAAGCUCCACUUGCUCUUCAGCCAGUCCGCCAGUAACUAAGACAGUUUUGUCCAACGUGGAUUGGGUGAACUCCAAUGCUAUCAAGUGGCCAAAAUUGUCAUCACCAUCACCUAAGAGGUAUGGGAUAAGAAGUUCGUUGUCUUUUGUCUAUAUUUCUUACCUUUAUCCAUUCCUCUAG